CAAACUUCAGUGUUUAGUUGCCAGUUGAUUAUAGCAGGAAGAGAUCAAAAUGGCUUCUACCACAACAAACACCAUAACUAAACUAGACACUGAGGAGAGCCUCAAGAAACACUUGUUCAAAAUCACCAUGAAAAGCCAAUGGAAAGAAGUUGUUCAAAUUUAUAGGCAAAAUUCUCAGGUUCGCAAGGCAAAGAUCACCAGGACAGGUGACACAGCAUUGCACAUUGCAGUGUCCAACGGCCAAGAAGAACAUGUUGAAAAGCUAGUACAAUUGGUUACUGUAAAGGAGCUUCGAAUUAAAAAUGGCAGAGGGAAUACCCCUCUCCAUCUUGCAGCAUCGAUGGGUAAUGUGAGAAUGUGUGAGUGCAUUGCCAAAGAUAAUCCGUCUUUGGUCGGUGUUCUUAACAAAGAUAAUGAGACUCCUCUGUUCUUGGCUGCUCUCCAUGGUAGAAAAGAUGCUUUCUUAUGCCUCCACUACAUCUAUACCCCUGCCCUUGAUGAUCCUAAGAAACGCUACAAUAAUUGUAGGAGGACGGAUGGUGAAACCAUAUUGCAUUGCGCAAUUCUCGGGGACUACUUUGAUUUGGCAUUUCAGAUAAUUUGCCUCUAUGAAGAUCUUGUGAAUUAUGUCAAUGAGGAAGGGUAUUCCCCUCUCCAUCUUCUGGCUAGCAAGCCUUCUGCCUUCAAAAGUGGUAGCCACCUUAGGCCAUUCAAGAGAAUAAUUUACUACUGUAUAUAUGUUGAUGAUCUCAAGGUGGAACAAAAGGAUCAAUUUAAGCAGGGGUUAAUUAAGACAUUCAAAGAGGAAAAGGAUCCCAAAUAUCCAGAAAACUACCAGACAUGCGUCAACUACUUUCGGGUGUUCAGGAAAUUGGUUCAACUGUGUGUUACCAAAAUUCUGGGAAGAGGACAAAAUUCAGCAGAUACAGGAUCCCAAUCAAAUGAUGGACCUCGUGGGCAUCAAUCAUUUCCUGCUAAUUAUAGCACCUGCUUUGAUUUUGUCAAGCUUAUAUCAAAGGCAAUGCUGAUUGUUCUUGGAUUAGGGUCUAUGGAGAUACGGAAGACAAGGGAAAAGAAAGAAAAGCACAAAUGGGCUUUUCAGAUCAUGAAUGAACUAUUAAAAAGAGCUGUUAUGUACGAGUACGAAGACAGUGGUAUGAAUCCGCAGGGUGCAGCACCAUCCCGCAGAGACAAUGAUGAGACAAGUCCUUAUGAAAUUGUUGAUAGUGGUAACGUCCUAACGACCCUCGGAAGCGUUGAGCAGGCAAUUGUAACUCCUCCUCUGAUUGAGUCUUUACAAGAUAGCCAACAGGAAGAUAACAAGGCAAAUAAUGGUAAAGAAAACAUUGCAGAAGGGUCAUCAUCAUCAGCAGAAGCGAUAGAGAUGAAAACCCCUAGAGCAAUGAAAAUUAGGGAAACACCAAUACUGAUUGCUGCAAAAAAUGGGGUGAUUGAGAUGGUGGAGAAGAUCCUGGAACUUUUUCCAGUGGCCAUCCACGACAUGAACGCAGAGAAAAAGAAUAUGGUGCUGUUGGCUGUGGAGAACAGGCAACCCCAUGUGUACAACUUGUUGCUGAAGAGAGAUAUCUUGAGGGAUAGUGUGCUCUGCAAGGUGGAUGAUAAAGGGAACAGUGCUUUACAUCUAGCAGCAAAGUUAGGAGAACAUAAGCCUUGGCUAAUUCCUGGAGCUGCAUUGCAGAUGCAAUGGGAAAUCAAAUGGUACGAGUUCGUAAAAGCCUCAGUGCCACCAAACUUCUUUUCCCGCCACAAUAAGCAGAGCAAGACGGCAAGGGACAUCUUCACCGAAACUCACGCAAAGGAAGUCGAGGCCGGAGGCCAAUGGCUCAAUAGCACCUCCAAGUCCUGCUCUGUGGUGGCGGCCCUCAUUGCCACCGUGGCCUUUGCCACUUCCACCACUGUUCCAGGUGGCAUGAAACAGGACAGUGGCGAACCGACCCUCGAAAACCAACCAGCUUUCGAGGCAUUUGCCAUCGCUUCGCUCGUUGCGCUCUGCUUCUCGGUCACGUCAAUGGUGAUGUUCCUGUCCAUCCUCACGUCCCGGUACCAAGAGAAGGAUUUCGGUAAAGACCUGCCGAGGAAGCUUUUGCUUGGCUUGACGUCGCUGUUCGUGUCCAUUGCUUCUAUGUUGGUUUCUUUCAGCGCCGGACAUUUCUUCGUGCUUAAAGACAAGCUCAAAUACGCUGCGUUUCCGGUUUAUGCAGUAACGUGCUUGCCUGUAACGUUUUUUGCCAUGGCGCAGUUUCCUCUGUAUGUUGAUCUGCUAUGGGCUACUUAUAAGAAGGUGCCUCAACGGAGUUACAAGGUAGCUCCUCCUUAAGAAUUUAUUUAUGUAA